AUGUCUGGAUAUCAUGAGAAUCAUCUGGUGUCUGGUACAUCAGCAGUACACUCCCUCACAAACCCGCUCCCGCACCAGCACCAGCACCAGCACCAGCACCAGCAACACACCAAGCCGGCCGCCAGCGUGCCUCCCUACCUCUCCCCACCCAAUCCAGCCGCUGCUCACACACCACACGCCCUCUCUCACAAUGGACGCACACAAGGGCCGUCCUCUGCAUAUGCUGCCAGUGCUCACGACAGCCUGACAUCUGCUCUACAAGUCCCCAUCACUCCCCACGGCAUCGUGAAUACCUCAGCCCAGCAUCAACAUCACCAGCAAAUCCACCCAUCACCGCCACAGUCACAACACAUCAGAGCCCCGGCCGGCCAGUACUCUCCUCCUGGGGGCCAUGCCUCGUCCGCCAGUCCUCAGAGCCAGCAGGCUCCAACGCCCGCCGCCUCGACAUCCUCUGCGCCUUCGAAGAAGAACACCAGGAUACCGAGGGCUUGCGAUCUAUGCAGCACGCGCAAAGUUAAGUGCGAAGGUGGAACGCCUCCCUGCGCGCCUUGCAGAGACCUCGGUGUUCCAUGUACAUACGACCGCGUCAAGAAGCGGCGAGGCCCUCCUAAUCGAGCUGCCGAAGCUGCCAAGCAGGCUGAGAAACGCCAGAGACUCGAAAUUGACGGUCUAAGCGACUCAACUCCGCCCCAUCAACAUGCCGCCCAGGCCCUCGUCUCUUUGGGUGCUCCGGGCACGCCAACAGUCAUGGACGCAGAGCAAUGCAUCGCGCCUCUCGGCAUCCUCAAACUCUUUGUCGACGAUUUCUACACGUAUAUACACCCCCUUUGUCCGUUUCCCCACGAGCCGACCUUCCGUGCGGCAUUCGAGAAUCGCGAAGACCGGACAAAUCCCGACUUUUUAGCCUUGUUGGCAGGCAUGGUCGCGGCUCUGGUGGCGUCCUUCCCGCGAUCGGCACGCCUUCAUCUGAAGGCUUCACACAGCUACGAGAAAUUCCCCCGAUCUAUAAUGCUGGUCGACCGUUGUGUCAAGGUGGCUCUCGAUAUGCGCAAUGCCGAGACGAUGCUCAAGGAUACUGUUACUGUGAACGAUGCUUCCGUCAGCUACUUUAUUUGUCUCGCAAUGGGCUACACCAUGCGAUGGAACCAAUGCCGACGGUACAUGGGAGAGUCGCUGCGUUUUUUGCGCGAAAUGGGCUUCCAUAGGAGGAGGCCUCCUCCAACGUCUCUUUCCUUGAACGAGCGCCCCGAUGACCAACCUAACGAUUUUAUUACCGAGGAGAUUGGGAAGCGCAUAUACUGGACGCUUUUCUUUGGUGUCCGAUCCAUGACCCAAUUGGGUGCUUCAUCCCGCGACCUAAUCAUUCCACCCGCCACGCCGAAUACGUCGUAUCCUGACUGUCCUCGAGAGGUCGAUGAUCAGUACAUCUUACCCGACAGAAUUCUGCCCCAGCCUGAAGGGACUGUUUCCAUUUUGACUGGCUUUGUGAGAUGCAUCCAAAAUUACCAGACCAUGGAUGGCCUUGUGCGCAUAGAGCUCGCACAUGGCACAUCGGCAUAUACCUGGGAGCAACAGAAGCAUUACUUGCAUGAAUCCCUUGUCAAAGUUAAGGCCGUUGAGCAGAACCUUCCACCGGCCCUCAAACUUGACCUGAGCGCCCACACGCCCACGAAAACUUAUGCAAGACUUGUGCAGAAGAGUUCAAGCGAGGCCUCGGCUUACCAAUACGUUCCUCCUGCCUACCCGAACAAUCAGCCGACCAACGAUGUCAGGCACCUGUUCGCAGCUGAUGAGAAGAAAAAACGCUAUCUGCAGUAUGAGAUCCAAAAGGCAAACCUCUAUGCCUCAAUAGUAGCAACACGGUCCCACUAUGUCGAGCGAUAUAUGGCUCUCCGCGAAAUCUAUCUCGUCAACAAGCGUGCUGAACAAGCCCGUCUAAACGGUCCUGGAGGCAGUGUGAUCUACAGAACAGCCCCAGAUAUGUCAUCUUCAUCACUGGCAGCAGCCGCUGUGCAAGCUGUCACCGAGCAGAUCAAUGACAGCAUCGACGACAUGUUCUUCGCGGAACGGGACGAAGUUGUGCACAACUUUUUCACCGUGUUAAUGUCAAUUGAUCAACACAACAUGGAGCCCAACGGCGCCUCGCUAAUCAGCAAGAUCCGACAAGUUGCGGUUACGUUACUUGGUGAUCCGGCUGAUCGCAAGCGCUCGUAUGAGCUGCAAAAUGAAGAGUACCUCAGGGUAUUUCUGGAGAUCUUGACGCGCCUGGAAAAGACGGGCACUGGCACCGCUCCCAGCCCUGGCGGACAGACCGGUGGCACGAUGACCUGUGAGGAUGAGGAACAAGAGCUUCGCACGUGGGCUGAUUUGCGCGAGCAGCAGGAGCGAAUGGCUCGCAUAGCUUUCAUUUGA